GAAGACAGAACACUUGUGGUAAGACACCCACCCCCGGGAGGGCGAAGAACAAGCCACACGCUGCUUUGAAGAGUCCAGCCCCAAGCAGAACUGCAAGGGCAGACCCUGUUCUGGCCACCUGCAGUUUGAAGUCAUCACUUUCAAUCCCCCUGUGACUAGGGCCAGGGUCUUCACACCUGCGAGAGGAAGCAAAGAUCUAAGCGAUCUGAAUUUUAAGAGAGAAACUGCAGCUGUCGGUUUGUGGGCCGGAACAUUAUUGGAAACAAUGAAUUUCACCGAGGCCAACUACGGAAUGGAAGAUUAUACCGGCUCAGAUUACUCCAUGUAUCCAGAGACCGAGCCAUGCUAUCUGCAAGAGGUCAGAGACUUCACCAAGGUGUUCGUGCCAAUCGCCUACUCCUUAAUCUGUGUCUUUGGCCUCCUUGGCAAUAUUAUGGUGGUGAUAACCUUUGCCUUCUACAAGAAAGCCAGGUCCAUGACUGACGUCUACCUAUUGAACAUGGCCAUCACAGACAUACUCUUUGUCCUCACCCUACCAUUCUGGGCAGUUACUCAUGCCACUGACACUUGGAUCUUUGGCAACACGAUGUGUAAACUGAUGAAAGGCACGUAUGCGGUCAACUUUAACUGUGGGAUGCUGCUCCUGGCCUGUAUCAGCAUGGACCGGUACAUUGCCAUCGUCCAGGCGACCAAAUCUUUCCGGGUACGCUCCAGAACACUGACGCACAGUAAGGUCAUCUGUCUGACGGUGUGGUUCGUUUCCAUCAUCAUCUCAAGCCCCACAUUCUUCUUCAACAAGCAGUACAAGCUGCAGGGCCGUGAGGUCUGCGAGCCUCAGUACAAGCUCGUCUCGGAGCCCAUCACGUGGAAACUGCUGGGCAUGGGACUCGAGCUGCUCUUUGGCUUCUUCAUCCCUUUGCUGUUUAUGGUGUUCUGUUACCUGUUCAUCAUCAAGACCUUGGUGCAGGCCCAGAAUUCCAAGAGGCACAGAGCCAUCCGAGUCGUGAUCGCUGUGGUUCUCGUGUUCCUGGCUUGUCAGAUCCCUCACAACAUGGUCCUCCUCGUGACUGCAGCCAACACGGGCAAAAUGGGCCGCAGCUGCAGCGCCGAGAAAGCCCUGGCCUACGCCAGGAACGUGGCUGAGGUCCUGGCUUUCCUGCACUGCUGUCUCAACCCCGUGUUGUAUGCCUUCAUUGGACAGAAAUUCAGAAGCUACUUCAUGAAGAUCAUGAAGGAUGUGUGGUGUAUGAGGAGGAAGAGCAAGGUGCCUACCUUCUUCUGUGCCCGGGUUUACUCAGAAAGCUACAUCUCCAGGCAGACCAGUGAGACUGUAGAAAAUGACAACGCAUCGUCCUUUACCAUGUAACACGAGAGCACAAAACAGCAUGCCCCGAAAGCCUUUGUGAAAGUUGCUAUUACAUGUGAAAAAAUAAAAAAAGAGAGAGAAAAAGAGAGAGAAAAAAAAAGAAAGUAAAAGAAA